AUGCAGUCCUCCCCCGGAAUGUUGACUAAGUUCGAGUCCAAGUCCUCGAGAGCUAAAGGCAUUGCCUUUCACCCCAAGAGACCAUGGAUCCUCGUUUCGCUACACUCUUCCACCAUUCAGCUCUGGGAUUACCGAAUGGGAACUCUAAUUGAUCGCUUCGAGGAGCACGAUGGUCCCGUCCGUGGUGUCGACUUCCACAAGACACAACCGCUUUUCGUCUCUGGCGGUGACGACUACAAGAUCAAAGUCUGGUCUUACCAGACCCGACGAUGCCUCUUCACCCUCAAUGGCCAUCUCGAUUAUGUUCGAACCGUCUUCUUCCAUCAUGAGCUUCCAUGGAUUCUGUCAGCCUCCGACGACCAGACCAUUCGGAUAUGGAACUGGCAGAACCGGUCGCUGAUUUGUACCAUGACUGGUCACAACCACUAUGCAAUGUGUGCUCAGUUCCACCCCAAGGAAGACCUCGUCGUAUCUGCGUCACUCGAUCAGUCCGUCCGCGUUUGGGACAUCUCCGGCCUCCGAAAGAAGCACUCCGCCCCUACCUCGAUGUCCUUCGAAGACCAGAUGGCGCGCGCCAACCAGAAUCAGACCGACAUGUUUGGAAACACCGAUGCUGUUGUCAAGUUCGUUCUUGAAGGUCACGACCGUGGCGUCAACUGGGUCGCUUUCCAUCCCACCAUGCCCCUCAUUGUUAGCGCUGGCGACGACCGUUUAGUAAAAUUGUGGCGCAUGAGCGAAACAAAGGCUUGGGAAGUCGAUACUUGCCGAGGGCACUUCCAGAAUGCGUCAGGAUGUCUUUUCCACCCCCAUCAAGAUCUAAUCCUGUCUGCUGGAGAGGACAAGACCAUCCGCGUCUGGGACUUGAACAAACGAACUGCUGUUCAAUCUUUUAAACGUGAGAAUGACCGUUUCUGGGUUAUUGCGGCCCAUCCCGAGAUCAACCUUUUUGCUGCUGGUCACGAUAAUGGUGUUAUGGUCUUCAAGCUGGAGCGGGAGCGCCCUGCUUCUGCUGUUCACCAGAACCUUCUUUUCUACGUCACCAAGGAGAAGCACGUCAAGUCUUAUGAUUUCCAGAAGAACAUUGAGAGCCCUACACUCCUAUCGCUCAAGAAGCUUGGCAGUGCCUGGGUCGCACCCCGAACACUGUCCUUCAACCCUGCCGAGCGAUCCAUCCUGGUUACCUCGCCAGCUGAUGGCGGAUCUUACGAAUUGGUUAACCUGCCCAAGGAUGGUUCUGGUGCUAUCGAGCCCGCUGAGUCCAAGCGAGGUGCUGGCAGCUCUGCCAUUUUUGUUGCCCGUAACAGAUUCGCUGUUCUCAACUCCGCCAACCAGACUAUCGACAUCAAGGAUCUCUCUAACAACACCACUCGAUCUUUCAAGCCUCCUACUGGCACUACCGACAUCUACUUUGGAGGCACUGGCAACCUCCUAAUCAUCACACCCACCGCUGUCCACCUUUAUGAUAUCCAGCAGAAGAAGAGCACUGCUGAGCUUGCUGUCAACGGUGUCAAGUAUGUUGUCUGGUCUAAUGACGGACUUUACGCCGCCCUUCUAAGCAAGCACAACGUCACAAUUGUGUCGAAGACUCUUGAGCAGGUCAGCACGUUACAUGAGACCAUUCGUAUCAAGAGCGCCACUUGGGAUGAUGCUGGUGUUUUGCUCUACUCUACUCUGAACCAUGUCAAGUACACUCUCUUGAACGGUGACAACGGCAUUGUCAGAACCCUCGACCAGACUGUCUAUUUGGUCAAGGUCAAGGGCCGCAAUGUGUACUGCCUUGACAGAGCUGCUAAGCCCCGCAUUCUCCAAAUUGACCCUACGGAAUACCGAUUUAAGCUGGCGCUCGUCAAGCGCAACUAUGAGGAGAUGCUCCACAUCAUUCGAAACUCCAGCCUUGUUGGUCAAUCAAUUAUCUCGUAUCUCCAGAAGAAGGGCUACCCCGAAAUCGCCCUCCAGUUCGUCCAGGACCCUACCACUCGUUUCGAUCUUGCCGUUGAGUGUGGUAACCUUGAUGUCGCCGUCGAGAUGGCCAAGGAACUUGACAAGCCUAAGUUCUGGACCCGCCUCAGUACCGAAGCGCUGGCUCACGGCAACCACCAGGUUGUCGAGAUGUGUUACCAAAAGCUCAAGCAGUUUGAUAAGCUGUCUUUCUUGUAUUUGGCUACUGGUGACCGUGCAAAGCUUGCCCGUAUGGCCAAGAUUGCAGAGCACCGUGGUGAUUUCACAUCGCGAUUCCAGAAUGCUGUUUACCUUGGAGAGGUUGAGGACCGGAUCCAGAUGUUUAAGGAGAUCGACCUUUACCCUCUUGCCUAUAUGACCGCCAAGUCCCAUGGUCUUGAGGAGGAGUGUCAGUCUAUCCUAGAGGCCACGGGUCUUACCGAGGAGGACCUUACGCUGCCCACUCUAGGAAGCCCCUUGUCUGCCCCUGCGGCAAUUGUUCCCACCUUCAAGGCUUCCUGGCCUACUAAGGCUACCUCGCAGUCCUUCUUUGAAAAGGCUCUACUCGGCCAAGUUGAAGGUCUUUCCUUGGAGGAUGAACCCGCUUCCGCCAACACAGGCUUCGAGGACGCUAUGGAAGUCGAUUCAGCUGCCAAGCACAACGGUGCUCUGAUUAACGAUGAUGAUGAAGAUGCUGCUGGCUGGGAUAUGGGAGAUGAUGAUGUCCCUGAGGCUGACAGCGAUUUUGUCAACGUCGAGAGUGUUGAUGCAGGUGGCGCUGCCAGCAGCGAGGCCGAUAUGUGGGCGCGAAACUCACCCCUGGCUGUUGAUCACGUCGCUGGGGGCUCUUUUGAAACUGCUAUGCAGCUUCUUAACCGACAGGUUGGUGCUGUCGAUUUCGCGCCUUUGAAAUCACGAUUCCUUGAAGUCUACUCAGCUUCCAAGACUUUCCUCCCUGCUUCUGAAGGCCUCCCUCCUCUGGUAAACUAUGUUCGCAGAACUCUGGAUGAGACCGACCCCAGGAAGGUCUUGCCCAUUAUUCCUCGCGAUCUUGAGCAUCUUGCUUCCAACGACCUUCAAGCAGGUUAUGAUACCAUGAAAGCCAACAAGCUGGAGGCUGGUAUUGGUAUCUUCAAGGGUAUUCUUCACUCCAUUCUUGUGAAUGCUGUAUCAAGUGAGGAUGAAGUCGCCGAAGCCAAGAAGCUCAUCACCUCCGCCAGUGAAUAUGCCGUUGCCAUGAGCAUUGAGCUUUCAAGGAGGCAACUGGGUGCCCCUGAUGUCGUGGCAAAGGAUCCAGAGAAGCUCCAAAGGAGCUUGGAGCUAUCCGCCUACUUCACCAUUCCUAAGAUUGAGGUGCCCCACCGACAGCUUGCUCUGCUGAGUGCUAUGCAACUGGCUAUCCGCAACAAGAACUACAACUCCGCUCUGAGCUUUGCAAACCGCAUCAUUGCCAACGGAGGUGCCACUAAGAUUGUAGAAAACGCGAAGAAGACCAAGGCUCAAUGCGAGCGCAAUCCCAAUGAUGCUAUUGAGAUUGAGUUCGACCAGUUCGCCGAAUUUGAUGUGUGCGCUGCCAGUCAUACACCCAUCUACAGCGGCACUGCUUACGAGGAGUGUGCCUUUGAUGGCUCAAAGUACCACACCAAGUACAAGGGCACUGUCUGCCGCGUGUGUGAAGUGUGUGAGAUUGGCAAGCAUGGAAGCGGCUUGAAGCUGUUCGCCUAA